AUGGUCCGUGGGUAUUCACGUUCCAAUACCCCAAUCCAAGCCAUUCCUCUCUUUUCUCAGCUUCUAGCCUUUCGCUUCCUGCCUGAUGACUACAUCUUCCCUUCUGUUCUUAAAGCUUGUUCAAGUGCUAAAGCCUUGGAAGAAGUCUUUGAUAAGAUGUUGGAUCCUUGUGUUAUUUCUUACAAUGCUAUUUUUACUGGUUAUGCAAAAUGUAGCAGACCGAAUGAGGCGUUGUCGUUGUUUCGUGAAUUGCAAGUUAAAAGUUUGAAGCCUACUGAUGUUGCUAUGUUAAUUAUUAAAGAAAGCACCGCACUUAUUGAUAUGUAUGCAAAGUGUGGGAACUUGGAGGAAGCAAUUUGUGUUUUUAAGAACAUGAGUAUCAGGGAUACAGCAGCUUGGUCAGCAAUGAUUGUGGCAUAUGCAACUCACGGGAAGGGUUAUAAAGCCAUUGAAACGUUUGAAGAGAUGAGAAAGGAAGGAGUGCAACCUGAUGAGAUCACGUUUUUAGGUCUAUUAUAUGCUUGUAGUCAUAAUGGACUUCUGGACGAAGGUUGGAGGUUUUUUCAUAGUAUGAGUGAUAAACAUAGGAUUAUUCUGGGGAUCAAGCAUUAUUGA